AUGGAGUGUCAACCACGAAUUGUCAAAAUUUCCGAAAGUCCUGAGAAAGUUGAAUUUGAUGUUAUGGGUAUUGAUGUCUCUGUUGCUAAUGGAUUGAGAAGAAUUAUGAUUGCAGAAGUACCAACCAUGGCAAUAGAAAUGGUAGUAUUAGAAGAUAAUUCAUCUGCUAUUCCAGAUGAAAUGCUUUGUCAUCGACUUGGACUUAUUCCAAUAUUAGCAGAUCCAAGAAAAUUUAAAUUUCCUAAAGACAGACAUUUUACUGAUCCAACAGAAGAAGAUACAAUUGUAUUUACGCUUGAUGUUACUUGUACUUUAGACUCAGCAAAAAAUCCUGUUAAUAAUAAAGUUUAUUCAUCUGAUCUUAUUUGGGAACCUCAAGGAGAACAAGAAACUACAUUUGCAGAUUGUCCAAUUAAACCUGUUUUUGAUGAUAUUUUAAUUGCUGAAUUACAACCACAUCAACAUAUUAAAUGUAAAUUAUUCUGUUGUAAAGGAAUUGGACAAGACCAUGCUAAAUUUUCACCAGUUUGUCCUGCCACUUAUCGACUAAUGCCAAAAAUUACAAUAAUGAAACAAAGUAAGAAAAUGUCAAAAGAAAUUAAAAAUUGUUGUCCAUUAAAUGUAUUUGAUAUUGAAGAUGGUGAGUUAAUUGUUAAAAAUCCUAGAAAUUGUAAAAUGUGUCGUGAAUGUAUUCGUGAAGAACGUUCAGAAUAUGUCAAAUUAGGAAGAGAAGAAAAUCAUUAUUUAUGUUUGUUGUUUUUUAUGAAUAUUAUAAAGUAA